UCAAGCACCGAUUGUAUAAUGUCUAAAAUGCACUUAUAAAUAACCUAAGGCCCGUUACUGACGUUCAUGUGUUCCGGCCCGGUUCGGUCGAACAUGCUGGACCCGGAUGAAGUCUCCCGGUUGUGCUACGAGCGUUUCCAGCAGCUUCCCCGCAGAGGGAAGCCUGAGCCGGGCAGAGAGUGGACCCUGCUGGCCGCGGUGCUCCAGGUCACCCGGACGGAGAACUCCGGCUCAGUCGAGAAGGAGGUCGUUUCCAUGGGAACCGGCACCAAGUGUAUCGGACGGACGGCGGUGAGUCCCAACGGUGACGUCCUGAAUGACAGCCAUGCAGAGGUCGUUGCCAGGAGAGGCUGCAUCAGGUGAGUCUCCACCUGCUCACAGGAUGCUUCACUCACACACAGACGCCCAGUUUGUGCUGCUGACGCUCUGUGUGUGUGUGCCAUGAUGUGUGGAGCAUCCAGAACCAUCCUGAGCUGUCCUGUGUCACCAGGUGGAGACGCCUCCAUCAUCCCCAUGACCCACGGCCCGCCUCCGCCCUGCCCCCCGGUCACACCUGGACAGGUGCUCCAUGACGGAGGAGGAGACCUGAAAAGAAAAGCUGAGGAGCCCAGUGGAGCUCAGAACCCAAAGCUGCCCCGUCUGGAGGGAACCGAGCCCCAACAAGAGGACAGAGGAGACACAGAACCGCCUGACCCGACUGUAGCCAGAGGUUUUACAGACAGAACAGCCGAAACUGUGUCACAAGCAGAUCUGGGUCAGACCGCCAGUUCUGGCCCGGAUCCUCCGGUCCCAGACAUUCACAGAACCGGGGCCAAGUGUGUCCCGGGUGGCCCGGCCGACCCCCAGCGCCCCGGGGUGGGCUACCACAGCACCGGGGUUCUGCGGCUGAAGCCGGGCCGAGGAGAACCGACGCUGUCCCUGUCCUGCAGCGAUAAACUGGCCCGCUGGGGGGUUCUGGGCUUUCAGGGCGCUCUGCUGUCCCACUACCUCCAGGAGGCGCUCUGCUUCAGCGCCGUGGUGGUGGGCCGGUGUCCGUACAGCGCCGAGGCCAUGCACAGAGCUCUGGUCGCGAGGUGCUGCCAGGUAUCGGACCUCCCAGCCGGUUUCUCUGUCCGUCCACCGGUUCUGCUCCAGUCCGGCCUGGAGUUUCCCUUCAGCCAGGCCCAAGCCGAGCUCCAGCACCGGGCCGGACAGGGACGCGUCUCCCCCUGUGGGGCAGCCAUCAGCUGGUGUAACGUGACGGAGCAGCCACUAGAUGUCACCGCUAACGGCUACAAACACGGAGUCACCAGGAAGGCCCUGGGAACUCCUAAAGCCAGGUCUCUUCUGUGUAAGCUGGAGCUGUUCCGGUCCUUCCUGUCUCUGGUUUCGGCCACCGACCCGUCAGCGCUGCCCGACUCUCUCAGGUCGGAGCUGCAGACCUACUGGGACUACAAGCAGGCGUCCCAGUGUUACCAGCAGGCCCAGCAGCAGCUGCUCAGCCAGGCCUUCCCUCUGUGGCCUCGCGGCGACAGGAAGCUGCUCCUCUUCCACUGACGCCGCCUCGGCCUCCGUCCAUGGAAAGCCGUCUUUGUAGCAGCAGGAGCUGGGAGGUCGCAGGUCGACACCGCCGCCGACCUGCAAGUAUCGUUUUCAGGAAUGUCCCAUUUUUAAUAAAACUACAAACUUGA